AUGGCUGAUUUGGCUUGGCGAAGGUUAUACUGCUGCUACAAGUGCCAGAACCAUAUAUGCUGUCAUGAUGAUAUUCUCAAUAAAUAUUAUCAGACUAGAAGUGGCAGAAGAGCCUUUCUGUUCGCUCAUGCUAUAAAUGUGUUUCAAGGGCCUAAAGAGGACCGGCAACUCAUCACUGGCCGUUACACAGUUGCUGAUGUAUACUGCAGCGAUUGCAGCGUGGUGUUGGGCUGCAAAUAUGUAAAAGCUUAUGAUGAGUUGCACAAGUACAAAGAAGGGAAAUAUUGCAUUGCAAUGUUCAACAUUGUCAAGGCAAACUGGUAG